AUGGCUCCGAUGCUGGACAGAAACGCGGAGGCAGCGGUUGUCGGCAAGAGGCGAGUUCGCGGCCCCGGAGCGGCGGUGAGCAUCGGCGGGAAGAGCGUGUCCGGUAAUGGAAGCAGCGGCCGGGGCUGCUGGGAAGAUGGAAGUUCUGGCUUCAGCAGUGACGAGGAGAACGGUGGAGGGGGAAUGCGGGUAGGAACGCAAUAUCAAGCCGUGGUUCCGGACUUUGACCCGGAGGUGGCAAAGUCUUGUCAGCUAUCUCACAGUGUGGGCAUGUUGGUGUGGAGCCCCAGCAGCAGUGUUCAGCAAAGUCAAUUGGAUGAAUACAUCACCAUCGCUAAAGACAAACACGGAUACAACAUGGAGCAGGCUCUGGGCAUGCUGUUUUGGCACCAGCACGAUGUGGAGAAAUCGCUAGCCGACCUGCCCAACUUCACGCCGUUUCCUGAUGAGUGGACGGUUGAGGACCGCGUGCUGUUCGAGCAGGCGUUCAGCUUCCAUGGGAAAAGCUUCCACCGCAUUCAGCAGAUGCUUCCUGACAAGUCCAUGGCCAGCCUGGUCCGCUUCUACUAUUCGUGGAAGAAAAGCCGCAACCGGAGCAGCUUGAUGGAAAGACAGAGCCGCAAAGUCAAGAGAGAAAGAGACGACAGUGAUGACGAAAGUCAGGAGAAUCACACGAGUGAUCCAGAGUCCAAUCAUGUUAAAGAAAAUGCCAAGGAGUUGAGUUCCGGAACUGAACGGGCCGAAGUGAAAACUGCUGCCGGACUCAAAUCAUCCAGCGUCAAAGGCGCACACCGGGCUAAGACCCGCCCCCCCAGAGGAAUGUUUCUGAAGCAAGAGGACGUGGUUUCACUGUCCUCAUCGUGCGCUCACGGUGUCCUGCGACAGCUGGACGCCCAGCUGACUGCCGCCAAGCGACAGGUCCAGAGCAUCAAACAGUCCAACAGUGCUCUGAAGGAGAAGCUGGACUCUGGAGUGGAUCAAUUCAGACAACCUGAGGUGAGCUGUAAAGUGAAUGGUCGCUGGAGUCCAGACGAGCAGCUUCUGGCAGUUCAAGCCAUCAGGAAGUAUGGGCGGGACUUCCAAGCCAUCUCGGAUGUGAUUGGCAACAAGUCGGUGGUGCAAGUGAAGAACUUCCUGGUCAACUACCGGCGCCGCUUCAACCUGGACCAGGUGCUGCAGGAGUGGGAGGCAGAGAACGGUGUGGAAGGUGGAGCCGCACCCGACGACGACAAGAUGGAGGCGGCGCCUGCCGAGGACGACGCAGAUGAUCACCUGACUCCACCACCAGGUGACCUCUGA